CGGGGAAAGGGGGGAAAAGCGUUUCCAAGGAGAGGGAAAACUAUCCCAGCCCUCGGAAGGGAUCAUAAAACCCGAAUCCCAGGGAACAGGAGUCGAGGGGAGAAAAAAAGGGGGGGGGAAAAAGCACCUGAUGCCUCUUUCCCGGGAGUGAGACGGCGGCAAGUCCUUCCCAUCCCGACAGGAAAAGCAGGAUGUCCCAGCCCAGGCUGCUGCUGCUCCUGACCCUGCUCUGUGCCCAGCCCAGCCGCGCCCUCGGCCCCUCCGCCGCCGCCUCCUCCCUCCUCAGCUGCCUCCACUCCGCCCUGGCCCAAAUCCAGGAGAACAUCCCCCAGGAAAACUCCGUCCUGGACAAGCGCGGCAGCGGCUUCGACCUCCUCCCGCCGGCCCGGGAGGCGUCGGAGGAGCGGGAGCGGGAACGGGAGCGGGAACGCGGCGGAGAAGCGGAGGAGGAGCUCGGGAAAAGGACAUUCCCGGGGGAAGGGCGCUCCAAAGCCGCGUCCCGGGCGCCGGCCAAGGGCAAGGCGGCCCCCAAGAACCGGGCCAAGGUCACGCUGUCCCUGGACGUGCCCACCAACAUCAUGAACAUCCUCUUCGACAUCGCCAAGGCCAAGAACUUGCGGGCCAAGGCGGCCGCCAACGCCCACCUGAUGGCCCAGAUCGGCCGCAGGAAGUGACCCCGAGGGGCUCAGGGGGGGUCUGGGGGGUCCCCACAGGAGACUGGGGGCCACGGGUGGGGUGGUUCUGACCACCCCGGUUUCAUAUCUCCUCCUCCUCCUCCUCCUCCUCCUCCUCGUCCCGCCCUCCCCGAUCUCCGUCGAUCCCGGACAUUUCCACGCGCUCCAGGGAAGAGGCUCCGGCCCACGAGGGACGUGUCACCUCCCCCCCUCCCCGGGAAGGGUCCUGAUUAAAGCUGCGGUCUCUUGGCUUUCCA